AUGAUGCACGCUUCGAUCGCUGCUCGCCGUGCUGCAUUGGCGCUCACUCGUGCUAAGCCUACGCAAGCACGUAUGUUUUCAAAUACCAUCCGUGUCGCUGAGGAGGCUGCGGCUCCUGCUGCGGCUGCUGCGUCGCCGAAGAUUACGCAGAUUGUGGACAGCAUUGAGAAACUGACGCUGCUCGAGGCUUCAGAGCUCGUCCAGGAGCUUAAGACGCGCCUGAACAUUACUGAUAUUGCUAUGCCUGCUGCUGCGCCUGCUGCGCCUGCCGCUGCGCCUGCAGAGGAGGCUCCGGCGGAAGAGAAGCCUAAGGAGAAGACGCUGUUCACGAUCAAGUUCACGGGUCUGAGCUCGGACAGCGCCAAGGCCAAGGUUAUUAAGGAGAUCAAGGCGAUCAACACCAACAUGAACUUGGUAGAGGCGAAGAAGUUCGUCGAGUCGGCGCCGCAGACUCUGAAGGAGAACGUGACCAAGGAGGACGCAGAGAAGAUCAAGGAGGCUGUCGAGAAGGCUGGUGGUAAGAUUGAACUGGCGUAA